AUGUCUCCUGAUGAUGGGAAGAAGAAGAAUAGUAAUAACAAACCGGUAACUGUUGCAGUAAAUAAUACAAACAAUCCUACAAAUUCUAUUAAUAGCAACUCAAAUAACGUCAAUACCAAUCAAAUUCAGAAUCGUAAUACUAAUAAUACUAAUAAUAACGCUAAUAAGUCUAACAAUAAUUUCAAUAAUAAUAAUAACUCAGUUUCAUCAACUAGUGCUGGAGUCAUUUGUUAUAAAUGUGGGGUUCCUGGACAUACCACGAGGACUUGUCCUCAGAGUAAGUGUCAGGUUUGCGAAAAGUUAGGACAUACAGCGAAAGCUUGUCCUCAAGUAGGUGGAAAUAAUCAAAACGGAACAAAUGGUUUUACUGUACGGUGUCAAUUAUGUGGCACACGCGGACAUUCAGCUAAAAAUUGUACGUCUUUGUCAACAAACUCUAAUGUAGCUUCUUCUUCUUCUUCUUCCCCUCAAUAUUGUAGUUACCAUAACAGUAGAAGUCAUAGCGAUGCAAAUUGCAAAACCUUAAAAGCUAUGAACCUCGCCCAGGGAAACCGGGUGACGUUUAUUUCCACGGGCGCGGGAAUGGACACCCACCCGGCGCGCCCCACCGAUUCGAUCAACCAAGUUCAGGAAGUCACCCUGGACGAUCAUCUUGCAUAA